UCAAGUUGUUUGUGCGGCUUCGUGUGUAGUCAGAUGUAGGAGCAGCCGGAGCUCAGAUUAGGACGGCAUCGCCCUGUGUGAGAGAAAGCAACUCAACAAAGUGACUGUUUUAGAUGACCGAGAGUGCUCGGUGAAAGACUAGCGGCUACCCCAGGUCAUGGUGGGAUUCUUCGCGGGAUGAGAGCCACCAGGGGCCACGCGCACUGGGGACAUCCAGGGCGCCGGUAGUGCGCACCCACUGGGGGCAGCGGUGGGUGGCAAGCAGUCGGGCGGACGGGCUCACGGUGGGGUCGGCCCCCCUCCGGAUGACAAAGCGGGUGACCCGACCGAUGAAUAACUCGGGAGGAGCUCUCGCCCGAGAUCCAAGAUGAUCGCGGCGUUUUUCCCCCUGAAGAAACUGAGGCGCAAUGGCAAAUAUCUCCUGUUCGGGGCGAUUCUGCUGGUCGGAGCUGUGGCCGUCUACCAUGAGAUGGUCGCUGCAAAAGCAUGGAGCAGUGAAACCAGUAUGAAUCCCUACGCUGACAGCAGCAGCUGGAGGAGAGCCAUGUUUGACGAGAGGGUCAGGAGAGACCAGCAGCCACACUCCAUGGAGGAUUCAGCCGCUUGGAGAACAAGCUACACUCCACAAACCUGGAAACCAGAGUAUAAGGGACAGGCCAAUCUGCACGUCUUUGAGGACUGGUGUGGCACUUCUACAGCUGACCUCAGCAAGAACCUGCACUACCCGCUGUACCCUCAUUCCAGGAUUACAGUGUCAAAGCUGGCUGUCUCCCCUCAGUGGACAAACUAUGGGCUCAGGAUAUUUGGUUAUCUACAUCCAUACAGCGAUGGAGAGUUUGUGUUUGCUGUAAGCUCCGAUGACAACUCGGAAUUGUGGCUCAGCUCAGAUGAGUCUCCCCUUAACUUGCAGUUACUGGUAUGGGUUGGAAAGACUGGCACAGAAUGGACAGCCCCGGGCGAGUUUGACAAGUAUGCCAGUCAGACCUCCAAACCAGUUAGGCUGUCUGCUCAGAAGAGGUACUUUUUCGAGGUUAUCCACAAGCAGAACGAUAAAGGAACUGACCAUGUGGAGGUGGCAUGGCGGCUCCAGGAUCGAGGCAGGUUCAGUGUUAUUGAAUCCAGUCAUAUCUCCCUCUAUGUUAAUGAGUCUGCCUUGUUAAUGAGUGACGUAGCCCACAUACCACAGACGGCUGCGAGCCACCAGCACACACCCACAAGGCAGCAGAGUGCUGCAGCAGACAUGUUGAGGGAGGACCCACGAGACACUCUCUACCACGUGCCUUUGAUAAACAGCAAGUUCCUACAUGGUGUUCUGCCUGACUGUUCGUACAAACCCAGCUACAUUAUAAAAGACUUUCCGCUUGUCCGCUACCAAGGACUGCAGUUUGUCCACAUGUCCUACAUCUACCCCAACGACUACACUCGCCUCACACACAUGGAGACGGAGAACAGCUGCUUCUACCCAGAAAACCCUUACUACAUGAAGAUGUUCGGUGUCUCUAGAUACAUGAGAUUAGACCGUCCUGAUACGUGGGAGACAGAAAACAUAGGCAGAGGUUUUGGUUUCCAGAGGAGGAAAUCAGUGCAAGAGGAGGACGAGUAUGACAAUGAAGCCUAUCGAAGAGAAAAGGCAGUCAGGCAGGACCGGGUGAAUAACGGCCUUUUUCCAGACUAUGGUGACGAUUAUGACGAUUAUAUUCAGAGGCGCAGGCGCAAACUCUUCUCCUUAGUCAUGCAAGAAACUAACAACACGCGGAAGAACAUAUCUGAAACAAGACUGCACAUAGAUGAGUUGCAGAGGAUGCAGGGGAAAGACGGUGUCUCAAAGCGAAAGCCACAGAAACCAGCUGAGAGUCUGCAGUCAACACAAACCCCAAAAUAUCACCUGCAACAGAACAGGACGGAAGUAAGGCUAGAGGGCCAGGUUAUAAAAGCAGGACAGGUGAAACCAAUGAAACAAAAAGGAAAGUCAAAAUCAACAAAGAGAAAAAAGCUCAAAUCAGUACAGACCGCUGUGAGACCAGGACAGACAACCCCAGUGAUACCAGUGGACAGAGAGCAGUUUAAAGCACUGAAACGACCAGCAGUCGUGCCAGAGCAGCUUAAUUCUAAACAGCAUAACAUCCAGGUGUCCCGUAAAAUGAAUAAUACCCAAAUCAAGAGACUUAAGGACUCAAAGAUUCAACCCUUAGAGAGAGUCACUCCUCUGCUUGAAAAACCCACAGAGGCCCCGCAGCGAAGGGUUGGAAUCAGAGACAUGGAGCUCCAUCCAGGCGUCCUGGAGCGCCCUGCAGUAAAGCUUAAUCAGCGGGACACAGUUACCAGAAAACGCCUCAGGGAUAAAGACACAGAGAUGAAAAUGCCUCUGCAAGAUCUGGAAAAUAGCAUCCACAGAGUAAGGAUGGUCACCAAAGGCAAAAUACACAAAAGUCAGUGGGACAUGGGAGAGGAGAACCAAGCAGGGGAGGAAGAUGAAGUUCGCAACAGGGCUGUGAGGCAGAGAGACACCUGGGAGGGUGAGAAAGACAAUCUGUGGGGACCAAGGGACGACUUUGAAGGUGCAGAUGAUGAGGACCUUACCCCCGCACCAGUGUUUGACACUGAGGUCAACUGGAGCCAGACCUUCCAGGUGAGCCAGCUGGACCUUCAGGCAAUGCGAUCAGAUUCCCUCGACCUGCGCUGCAACAUCUCAGGCAACCUGCUCCUCGGCUCCAGUGACGCUCUGCCCACGGUCAGGGCUUUCAUGGACCAACUCAAUGAAAAGCACCACGGGCGGUUCACGUUGGUGCGCGUGGUUAACGUGGUGAAGCGCGUGGACGGGGUCAAGGGCAGCCGCUACCUUCUGGAGCUGGAGCUGAAAGAUGUUGACGGCCAGCUGCUGCGGCUGUCGCACUACAUCUACACUCUGAUUCGCUACAGCAGGCAGCGCAGCAUGGACUUCAAUUUCCAACACCAGAAACCUCAGCUGGUGAUGUGUAACCCGGUGGGCUUCCGCUGGAAUCCUGUCGCCACCGUCCACUUCAUAGUACCUGUGAAAAACCAGGCUCGAUGGGUGCAGCAGCUGAUCACAGAUAUGGAACAACUCUUCCGAGCAACCAGAGAUGCCAACUUCAAUCUCAUCAUCACUGACUACAACAGCACUGACAUGGAUGUGAGGAAGGCUCUAAAGAAGUCCUCGCUCCCCAGGUACCAGUAUGUGAAGCUGAGCGGAAACUUUGAGCGCUCUGCUGGUCUGCAGGCGGGCAUCAACCUCAUAAAUGAUGACCACAGCAUUGUGUUUCUUUGUGACCUCCACAUCCACUUCCCUCCCUCCAUCAUCGACACCAUCAGGAAGCACUGUGUGGAGGGAUACAUGGCUUUCGCUCCAAUAGUGCUGAGACUGGACUGCGGGGCUACGCCAUUGGAUGCCAGAGGUUACUGGGAGGUCAAUGGCUUUGGCCUGCUGGGGAUCUAUAAGUCAGAUCUGGACGCAGUGGGAGGAAUGAACACCAAGGAAUUCAAAGACCGCUGGGGAGGAGAAGACUGGGAGCUCCUGGACAGGAUCCUCCAGGCAGGACUGGAAGUGGAGAGGAUCUACUUACGAAACUUCUUCCACCACUAUCACUCCAAACGUGGCAUGUGGAACCGGCAGGUGUUGCCCAGCCACAGAUGACCUUGUGGGCCUGCCUGCUGCACCAUGACCACAGUCGCCACGGUUACAACCACGGCAACCAGAGCACUUUAAGGCCGUAGCACGAUUCCUGCUACAUAACCGUAAUAGCUGCUGACUGACAGAGAGGGUGACACAGGAUUGGAUGCUGUCUCUGUUCACUUCAGCUCUGUGAAAAAAGCAACUCAGUGUUAGCCGUGAGGGUCGUUGCUAAGGAGGUACUACUGAUCUGUUUAUUUCACUGGAUGUACUCAUGACUACUGAGAGGGUACUGGCGGAUGAGUGCCAUUGACUGUGUGAUAUUUGAAAUGAAGAUACAGCUGUGCACCAUGUCGCUGACUAACACUUUCACAAUCUGCACUACUGGCUGCAAGGAACUGACCUGAUCCAAAGAUAAAACGUAAAUACAGUGACUGUGCACACUCCGAGGAUCUAGAUACAGAAGUGUCCUCUGAUAUCAUAACGAUCAGAAGUCUUGCACACGAGUCUUUACUGAAAACGCAAAUUGUUUGUCUGUUUGUGACAAAGAUAUAUAUGUGUUUGACUGCAGAUUGUGUCUAUGCUAAACACAGCCUUAUUUGUCGUGGUAAAUUAUAGAAAACUUUAUAUUUAUUUUA